AUGCAGCAAGAGCGCGGGGGGCAGAGCCCGGGACCCCCCGAGGCCGAGGUCAAGGUCGUCGUGGUGGGGGACGGGGGCUGCGGGAAGACGUCUCUGCUGCUGGCCUUCGCCAGCGGGGACUUCCCCAAGGUCUACGUCCCCACCGUGUUCGAGAAGUACACGGCCUCCCUCCAGGUCGGCGGCAAGCCCGUGAAGAUCCACCUCUGGGACACGGCAGGACAGGAAGACUACGACAGGCUUCGCCCGCUGUCCUACUCGGACGCCAAGGUUGUCCUCAUCUGCUUUGAUGUCACCAGCCCCAACAGCUUCGACAACGUCCUGACCAAGUGGUACCCGGAGGUGAACCACUUCUGCAAGGGGGUGCCGGUGCUGCUGGUGGGCUGCAAGACCGACCUGCGCAAGCUGCAGGAGGGACGCCCGGAGCCCAUCUCCCACCAGAAGGGAGAGGCCAUGGCCCGGCAGGUCCACGCCGUGUCCUACUUGGAGUGCUCGGCCAGGUACCAGGAGAACGUCAGGGACAUCUUCGUGGCAGCCUGCGACGCCGCCCUGCGUGCCGCCCACCCGAACCCCCGCAGGAGGCGACACCGGAGGGGCUGCGUGCUCUGCUGAGCCCCCCCCCCCCACCCCCGCCACAGCCCCCGGGACCCGCUGCUGUCCCCGUGGCUCAGGACACUGCCUCGGCCCCCGGCCACCACCGGACCUCUGCUGCCACCGCCAGACCUCCGCUGCCACGCUCCU